AUGGCAGACCCAUCAGAAAGCAACUCAUCAGAAACACAACAGCCAACAGCCAGCUCCUCAUCACAACAACGACCAGAAGAAGAAACAUGCGCCCACUGCGCCAAACCCGACCAACCUCCCUCUUCUAGCACGGGCAAACCCCUCAAACCCUGCCUAAAAUGCCACAGCGUAUCUUACUGCAGCAAAGACUGCCAGAAGGCGCAUUUCAAAACGCAUAAGAAGGUCUGUGCUGGUCUCGCGCAGGAGUACAAUAAGACGCAUGAGCCUAAGAUGGCGAGUCGGGCGCCGGCCAGGAGUGGCGAGAGGGAGAGGGGGUUGCAGAAGUGGCAGUUUGAUACUUGA